GCACCAAGCCCUCCAUUCCAUUGGACAAGCAGUGCAAGUUCCAGUCACUAUUUAUUUCCUACAACCACAAGCCUAGCUGAAUAACUCAUAAAGUUUGCAGCAGGCAACAUGGAAAUCAAUGCAAAGGUUGAAAUCCAAAACAAGGCAACAGUUGAAAUGCUCUACAAGGCCCUUUUGGGACAAGAAGGAUUAACAAUGGACACGGUGGCCAAAUUGCUAGCAAGCGACCUUGAGUGGUGGUUCCACGGUCCGCCUCAGUGCCAACACAUGAUGAGGGUUCUCACAGGUGAAACAGCCCUUAACAAAGGUUUCAAGUUCGAGCCUCGCAGCGUGACAACCAUCGGUGACUCCGUGAUCACCGAAGGGUGGGAGGGGCAGGCCUAUUGGGUCCACGUUUGGACACUGAAAAAUGGCCUCAUCACUCAGUUCAGAGAGUAUUUCAAUACAUGGCUUGUGGUGAAGGAUUUGAGGCCUCCAAGCCCAAGAACCUGGGAAGAUAAACAAGAUAGCUUCACAUUGUGGCAGAGCCAGCCUCGUGACCUAUAUCGCCGGUCACUGCCUGGACUUGUCUUAGCCAUUUAGCUUUUGGCUUAUUUGGAUCCUUUUUAUUCAAUUUGUCUUCAUCAUCUUUCCUUCUCAAAUUUGAGUCACUGGUUUUAUAAAUUUAACGGUCUAAAAAAACUUGAAACUUGAAUCAUGAACAUGGACUGCCAUGUUAAUUAAGUUUGGAGCAUGAGUUUUUUCUACUAGUACAUAAAAAUCAAUUACUCAAAUAUGAGAAGUUAGUUGGAUACAGAACAUCUUGAUCUCUAUCCCAUAUUUGAGUAAUUAAUUUUUAUGUACCAGUGAAAAAACCAAUGCUCCAAAUGGUAUUCCAUGUUCAUGAUUCUAGUUUCAAGUUUUUUCAGUCGGCAGUUGGAAUAGAGACAAGUUGAAUUGAGAGGAUCAACUUGAACCUGUCAUAGUUGAGGUCAAUUGCCGGUUUACAUGUACUGUAAUACUACAAUGUACCAUAAAUUAAGUGGUCCUACUUAUUAAACAUGUUCAACUCAAUAAUUAAUGCAUAUAUGUAUUUGGCACAA